GCGGGCAUGAUAGUGCAUGCCACCACUCACUCGAUCACAGACCAAGGCCAUGGACCGUAAGGCGGGAGAAUCCCUCCUGGCCUAUGAGGAACGCCUGGCUGCUUUCAUCCAGGAGGCCAACGAUAGGGCCGCCGCCGCGGCCAAGGAACAUAGUCAGAUUGAGCAAGAAGAGGGUGGAAAUGGCAUCUGCCAACGGGGCCCCGGAGACUGACAAAGGGCUGUCCGCCGUUGCGCAGAUCUCCCACGACCUCGUGGCCACCUGCGCUCUGCAGCAGGAGGAAAUCCUUCACCUGCAGCAGACAGUGGACCAGAUGCUCRCACGGCUGCAGGCGUUGGAGAAACAGCCAGCUGCUGUAGCAGCCGCAGGGCCUUCCAACCUUACCACCCGGGUGCAAGUUUUGGAGGAUGACGUCAGCAAUAUCAAGCGUGUGCAUCAGGACUUCAGGACGUUGCAGCAAGCAACGAACUUGCAGUUGGAGACGCAGGUCCAGGCUGCUGCCACCGUGACGCUCGCCGCCGCAUCCUCCCGGCGCCCACCCAAACUGGAUGACAUUCCAGUUUUCUGCGAUCAGUCCAAGACAAAACCGAUCCCGUGGUGGCGCCAGUUUACUCUCAGGCUCGACAUGCACCAUGUCCCGAACAACGAUCGACAUCCGUGCUUGUACCACCGAUCUGGUGGUGCAUGUCAAGCAUGGCUGGACAACAUCUUGACCAGCCACGGCGUAGCAGUGUCGGAACUGCACACCAAGCUCACUUGGCAGGAGUUGACUGACGCCUGGCACAAAGACACUCGCACAUCUGACAAGCUUUUCAGCAAAGCGUCACGGAUCAUUGUCACGAAUAUAGAAGCCCGCAACGCCGGCCGAUCUUCCGCGACGACGAGCAGCACCCAGCCCAAGCCAAAGGUGGCUUGCAUUACUUCUACCGAGGCGGCAACACCAAACGAGGGUGAAGUGUUGGCAGCUGCCGGGAUGGUGGCCGGCCCCGCAACAAUCACGGUCGCGACAAGACGAAGACUCAGUCCACCUCUACACCGAGCACCGGAUCAGCAGCCGACGAACCUUGGGCGCAAUACGGACUCUCGGCGAAUUGCUAUCGCACGCGACUCAAGUACCGUUAUUGCCUUUGGUGCAACAGCACCAUCCACGAUGCUGCGCAUUGCCCCAACAAGGGGAAACCCCAUUGGGCAAGCGGCCUGCAACGCUUUGCUAGAUUGCGGCGCAACUCGCAACUUCAUCAGCCAGUCCUUCAUGACUCGGGCUGGCCUUGGCGCACAAGUACGGAGGAAGUCACAUCCGACGACGGUCGCUCUUGCCGACGGUAAGACGAAACAACUUUUAGACCGUUACAUCUCGGCUGUCCCGGUGUACUUCGCACGGCACGCAUGUGAACCCGUCACUUUUUACGUGUUGGACACCGACUUCGAUGUCAUUUUGGGGAUGCCUUGGCUUUCUAGCGCGGACCACACGGUCAAUUUCCAUCGACGCACGCUCACGAUUCGUGAUGCAACUGGCGCCGAGGUCCCGUGUACUAUUCCUCCUCCUCGCUCUUCCAUUCGGUGCCAAGUCGUGAGUGCCAAAUCUUUUCGAGACACAUGCCGUUCCAAGCAUGUCGAAGAGAUUGGCAUCGCUUUUCUUCGAACCGUCCCAACGACCGACUCAUCGUCCACGAAUGUGUCUUCCGACCCCCGUGUGACCCGGUUGUUAGACGAGUUCKCGGAUGUUUUUGAGACACCCUCCGGUAUAGUGCCGGACCGGCCUAUCUCUCACGAGAUCAUACUUGAGGCCGGCUCCGUGCCACCAAAGGGAUGCAUUUAUCGCAUGUCCGAGGAGGAGCUCACGGUUCUCCGUGCGCAACUCGACGAUCUACUUGACAAGGGUUGGAUCCGCCCUAGCAGCUCACCUUACGGAGUCCUUGAGGAUGUACUCUAUGACAGUGACAGCGAAUUAGGCGUUGCUGGCAAUGUGGAAAGUGAGAGGGUAGGCAAGAGGGGGAAGCCAGGAGGGAAGCAGCAGAAAGAUGACGACGAUGACCAAUCGGAGGACUACAAGUUUGGAGGAGGGUGGAGUGAUGAAGAGUACAUUCCCAUAUCGAAGAGGGCAAGGGUAGGCAGAGGAGAUGGCCAAAAGGGAGGAAGAAAGGUUGGAGGAGGUGGAGGGAGAAAGUUCACAAAGAGAGAGAAAGCAACUGCAUUGAAAGGUAGAGGUAUAAAGAGAGCUGCCCGCGGCAAGAAAGGCACACACGGGAGGGCAGGAAAGUGCAGGAGAGCAAAAGCCAAGCUGAAAGCUAGCGGAAGUGGAACGGGCAGAGGCACAGGGCUUCAAGGGAAAGAAGGGAAACAGAGAACAAAGGAGAGUUUCAAAGGCAUGUGAAAACCUUAGUUGAGGAGGGGACUGUUUCUUUAUGUAAAGAAAACAUACAGUUCCUUUGCGCAGAAUGCGAGAAAAG